GGGCGCGCCGGGAGGGUGCGAGGUCAGGGGGCCGGGGACGCGCGUGGGGAGCGCUGCCCCCCUCGGCCGCUGCUGGGCGGACACCUGGGCGCGCCAACGCGGGAGGAGCCCGGACUCGGGCCGAGGCUGCCAGGGCAAUGCCUUCACUCGGCGCAAACAUGGCUGCGGCUCUGCGCGCCGCGGACGUCUUGCUCCGCGAUCCGCUGGCAUCCAGCAGCUGGAGGGUCUGUCAGCCAUGGAGGUGGAAGUCCGGUGCAGCUGCAGCAGCCGCCGCCACAGAAACAGCCCAGCAUGCCCAGCAUGCAAAACCUCAAGUUCAACCGCAGAAGAGGUAUGAGGCUAACAUCAGGAAACCCAAAACUGGAAUAUUAAUGCUAAACAUGGGAGGCCCCGAAACCCUCGGAGAUGUUCACGACUUCCUUCUGAGACUCUUCUUGGACCGAGACCUCAUGACGCUUCCUAUUCAGAAUAAGCUGGCACCAUUCAUCGCCAAACGUCGAACCCCCAAGAUUCAAGAGCAGUACCGCAGGAUUGGAGGCGGGUCCCCCAUCAAGAUAUGGACUUCCAAGCAGGGAGAGGGCAUGGUGAAGCUGCUGGAUGAAUUGUCCCCCAACACAGCCCCUCACAAAUACUAUAUUGGAUUUCGGUACGUCCAUCCUUUAACAGAAGAAGCAAUUGAGGAGAUGGAGAGAGAUGGCCUAGAAAGGGCUAUUGCCUUCACACAGUAUCCACAGUACAGCUGCUCCACCACAGGCAGCAGCUUAAAUGCCAUUUACAGGUACUAUAAUCAAGUGGGACGGAAGCCCACGAUGAAGUGGAGCACUAUUGACAGGUGGCCCACACAUCACCUCCUCAUCCAGUGCUUUGCAGAUCAUAUUCUAAAGGAACUGGACCAUUUUCCACUUGAGAAGAGAAGCGAGGUGGUCAUUCUGUUUUCUGCUCACUCACUGCCGAUGUCUGUGGUCAACAGAGGCGACCCAUAUCCUCAGGAGGUAAGCGCCACUGUCCAAAAUGUCAUGGAAAGGCUGGGGUACUGCAACCCCUACCGACUGGUGUGGCAAUCCAAGGUUGGUCCAAUGCCCUGGUUGGGUCCUCAAACAGACGAAUCUAUCAAAGGGCUUUGUGAGAGGGGGAGGAAGAAUAUCCUCUUGGUUCCGAUAGCGUUUACCAGUGACCAUAUUGAAACGCUGUAUGAACUGGACAUCGAGUACUCUCAAGUUUUAGCCAAGGAGUGUGGAGUUGAAAACAUCAGAAGAGCUGAGUCUCUUAAUGGAAAUCCAUUGUUCUCUAAGGCCCUGGCCGACUUGGUGCAUUCGCACAUCCAGUCAAACGAGCUGUGUUCCAAGCAGCUGACCCUGAGCUGUCCGCUCUGUGUCAAUCCUGUCUGCAGGGAGACUAAAUCCUUCUUCACCAGCCAGCAGCUGUGACCCCCGCUGGUGGACCCUGUGGCAUUAGGCAAAUGCCCAACCUCCAGAUACCUCCGAUGUGGAGAGGAUGUUAUUUAGAGAUCAAGGAAGGAAGUCAUCCUUCCUUGAUAUAUAUACACAGCCUUUGGGUACAAAUUGUGUGAUUUCUUGAGGAUUGGACUCUAUUGAUGGAUUUCUAUUUUUGUAUAACUAUACAGUAAGCAUUUGUAUUUUCUCUCUCUAGGUAUGUUACUAGUUUGGAAUGUCCACUAGGACCUUUAAUAAAUGAGUUAAAAAUGUAUCUUAUUAGACACACCUAUUUUAAAUACAGAUUUUGGCUUUAUUGCCCAAAAGCCUCCUGGAAGGGUGCAGAGAGUCCCCUCUGGGGGCUGGCAGUGUGAAUGAGAUCUGUUCAGUCUUGUGCAUAUAGUUGCUGUUUUUUAAAUGAACAUAGUUGAGUAUUUGAAGUGAAUUUGAAAAAGAAAUGUUACUUAAUCUUUCCCUAAGCCCGUGGGUUACAGAGUGCUAUGGAGGCAAUUUGGUCACCUGCAAUGGCUGCUGUUGCCAGCGAGGCUACCAUUCAUUGGUCAUCUUGGUAUUUGUGUAUUAAUCUCACUUUCCUCAGUGUAAAAAGGAAUCAAGUACGGAUUUCAGAAGUGCUCUGAGAUUCCCCGUACACCCAAGGCUAAUAAACGUGUGCCAGUACAGUGUUCAUGAUACGUGCCUUGGUGGGAGUCUGUGGUGCCACAGGGAAGGGGCUCCCACUGCUUCUGGUCUCCAAGGACAGUGCUGCUGGAAAGGCUAAUGAUGAGCUUCACCCUGGAGCUCCUCCCGGGACCUUGCAAGCCUUUCCAUCCAGCCUCUUCUCUUAGUUGAAUGCCUUCUUUCUACACAUUUGUUUUCAGAAUUAUUUUAUAAGGUCAACAAUACUUUACUUGAAUUCUUUCUUAAUUUACAAUUUUUUAUUAUAAAAUUUAUAGCCAUACAAUGGGACACGUGAAGAAUACAGAAAAGUAACCACUUUAAUGAAAUAACUCUUAUCAUAAUAUUGUAUUUCAUGCUAGUUCUUUCCUGUAGAUACUUUUAAUGCCAUUGUCACCUUGGAUUUGUGAGUGAAAAGUGUUUCUAAAAGUAUAGAAAUAAUAUCAGAUAAGAAUCUGAUCUAUAUUUAUAUUUAAAUGGAUUAAAAGAUCCCUGGUGGUUCCAUGAA